AAACUGAAAUAUGUAUAAAUACAAAUGAAUACAAAGUGUAAAGUUGAAUUCUAGUGGAAUAUCUAUGUAAACCAUUAAAGAGAUUUAAAUAAUGUUUUACAAAAAUAUUUUAAUUUCAAUUAUUAUUACUAUUAAUUUAUAUGGUCAACAAUUAACAUGUAUUAAUGCAAUACAUUUAACACGUUAUCAACGUUCCUUAAGUAUGAAAAAUAUUAUAUUAUGGCCAAAUGGUAUUAUACCUUAUAUUGUUGAUGAUAUAGAUAAAUCAAAAACUAAUGAAUUUACAGAAUAUUUUUCUAAACUUGAUGUUUUAUUAAUUAAAAAAGCAAUGUCAAUUAUUGAAGAAGAAACAUGUAUUCAAUUUUAUGAUCUAACUUCUAGAAUAAAUACAAGAAGAUUUUCUGAUAGACAUUUAAUUCGAAUUAAAGGUCGAGGUCAAAGAGGAUGUUAUUCAUCAUUAGGCAUGAUGAGAAAUAGGAAUCAAGUUCUUCGACUUGGUCCAACUUGCCGAACUGUUGGUCAAAUUCUUCAUGAAUUACUUCAUGCAUUAGGUGUAAUGCAUGAAAUUAUGCGACCAGAUCGUGAUCAAUAUGUUAUUCUACAUGAAGAAAACAUUGACAAAUUAUAUUUGGAAGAAUUUAAAAAAAUUAAAGAGCAUCAGUCUAUCUUGACAGAUCGUAAAUUUGAUUUUCAAUCAAUAAGUUUAUAUGAUCCUUUUACUUUUACAUCAAACGGUAAUCCGGUAUGGGAACCAAUUAGUAAUUUAGAUGAUGUACCAUUGUUUUCAAUCAGUGAGAAAUACUUAUCAUUUGAAGAUACUGUUGGUUUAAAUCGGCUCUAUAAGUGUGAUAGAACUUGUUCUAACCAAAGUGCACCAUGUGAACCAGGGGAAUUUCGAAACAAACAUUGUAUUUGUACAAAUGCAUCAAAAUAUGCUUUUGAUCGAUGUAAAGAUGAUGUCAAUGAAACUAAAUAUUGCAGUGAUGCAGUUUCUAAAAAUAAAUGUUACGAUGAAGCAAAAUACGCCAUACCUUUUUGCAGACGUACAUGUGGUAGAUGUUUUCGCGCUGGUUCAAUAGGAAUAUCAAAGCCACCAAAAAAGUUAUGUCAAGAUGUGGAGAUAGAUAUGUGCGAAAACUACGUUAAAGAAGGAUAUUGUCACUUUGAUGGUUGGACCAAGUUAAAUUGUCAGUAUUCCUGUAACCUGUGUCCACCACCUGAUGUCGUCAAGCGACAGGUUGAAACAAGUGAUGUGAGAGCAUAUUUAGAAGCUUAUCGCAAAGGCGAUUGUUUCAAUAGGUAUGAUGAUUUACGGUGUGAAGUAUUUGCUGAACGUGGUGAUUGUCGUACGAAUCCUGGUUUCAUGUCUAGUCAGUGUACUCAGUCUUGUGGUUUAUGUCCAGAAAUAGAAAACCAGCAUCCAAAUGUUAGUUAUACUCAGUCUUCUCAUACAAUACGACUACCGACACCCUGUCGUAAUUAUAUUGAUGAUCAACGUUGUGACGCCCUAGCUAAAGAAGGAAAAUGUUUUGGGACUACAUUGAAACAGUGUCUUGGUUCAUGUAAUAAAUGUGGUGAUAAUUAUCGACGUCAAACUACUGAAGUUCCCCAUACUACAACAAUCAAUAUUAUCAGUAGUAAUGAUAAUAGUAAUAAAAAUGAUUAUAAUAACUCAUUAUUGUCACUCGAAUGUGAAGAUCAGUCAUCAUUAUGUUCAUAUUAUAAAAAUACUUUAGAAUGUAAAACGAAUAAAAUUAUUAUGUUGGAAAUGUGUCCUAAAACUUGCGGAUCUUGUGAAACAAACUGUGAAGAUAUUGAUUCACCAGGUGUAUGUAAUGAUCUUGUUCAACGUGGUUACUGCAACCUAUCAAAAGUGCAUGCUCGAAGAUGUAAGAAAAGUUGUGGUAUUUGCAAAGAUAUGAAAUAUUUGAAGACAAAUUCAUCCAUGUCCAAUAAUGUUACUAAUGUGAUUGUUUCAAACAGGACAAAAGAAAUUAAUGAAACUAUUUUUAACAUUACUGGAACUUCAUUUUUAACUACCAGUACUAUAACAGUAGCUCCAACAAAUUCUAUUACUUAUUCUACAACAAAAAAUAGUUUAAAUGGCUUCGAAGUGACAUCUACGAUAUCUAGAACAGCAGAAAUCUCACAAAGAAAACCAUCAUCGAAACCUAAAUUUGUAACUAAACGAAAGUACUUACCAUCAGAAUAUUCUGACGAUAAACAGGAAUGUAUCGAUCAAUACCCGAAGACAUCUUGUAUCGCUUGGAAAAAGACAGGUUAUUGUAAUUUUCCACAUGUCUCUAAAUUAUGCUUAAAAACAUGUCAUCUAUGUGAAACUAUUGAAAUGUUAAGUAAAUAUCGACCAUUAAUAAUUUAAUUAUUCUUUUAUUUUGUUUUAACAUUUUACUGCAUUGUAUCUUAGUUUCAUUUCUUUUCAUCAUUCGACAUUGUUUCAUUGCAUUUAUUAAGCAUAUUUUAUAUUAAUGAUAAUCUUAACAAUAUUCAUAUUAUUUCUAAAUUGAAUAUCAUCUGUUCCUUUUUAUAGGAAAAAAUUUGUUAAAUUAUAGUAUGACUUUAUUUUAAAAUCGAACUUAUUAGGAUAAUCCUUGUUAGAAGAAAGCCACUCAGUAUUUGUUUGUCUUUCAUUCUUCUAAAUUGUUAUGUAAAUAUGUGUAGAUCAUUGCACAAAAGAAUCUAAAUAUCAAGUAGAGAUUAUCAUCAUAAAACUUGAAUGUCACAACGAUAAAUUAUAACAUGAUGUUGUGGGAAAUGUAACGUUUAUUUUUAUAGUGACUACAAAGUAACAAUCAUAUUGUGUUAGCUACAUGAAUUGAAUGACUAUAAAAUUUGUCAUUGUCAUAAACAUGCACAUCAGUAUGGAUAGCAAAUUUCGAUCACUUUUGUUGACAUGAUUCUUCUGAAAGUAGAAAAAAAUAUAGGCAAAAAUGUCACAAAUAUAUACAGAAACCUGAAUUAUUAAAAAUACAUGGAUUAUAUAUAUAUAAUGGAUGGGAAUCGAUCAAAAAUAGCAGUACCUUAAGAGUGGAAUUUUAAAAAUCUGAUACACCAGUUUUCAUUGUUUUAUACCAAAUCACUCAAUAUAAAUAACCGAUGUUAGCCCUGAUGAUGAUAGUCUCUCAGUUGACCCGACGUUCUUUUGAAUGCGUGAACAGGUGAAGCUUGAAUCACGUAUUAAGAUUAUGAAUUCCCUUAAUUAAUGACUCGAUAGAAAGUUGAUAGUCAGCUAACAAGUCAUUUCUUCUGGACUUGUGAACUCUUUAGAGUGUUCUCGUAAAUUCUCUGUUUUGAAAGACAAGAAAUGUGAGUCAUUAUGUGUCUGGACAAAAGGUAGCUGAAUGUAAUUCAUCACGUACGUAUCUGUACCUUAGCGACCAAUAUGAAUCCCAAUGCACUCAGAAGCACUUAUCGCCAAAUCUCAGGCCAGUCAUAAAAUUUCUACAAUUCAUUUUGAAGGUUCAAGCUAUCACUUAUACCUUUUAUCUCUCCAUAUCUCGACGUCGUCAGCUUGUGACAAAAUCGAUGAUGGCCAGAGACUAGGCAAUUCAUUUACAUACAUGAAGAACAACACUGGCCCCCAAAACUGUACCCUGAGGCACUCCGCUAAGCAUAGUUUCCUAGUCGGACAGUUUUGAGUUCAUCCGUUCUCUUUUUUGACACUCAACUAGGAAGUAUUUUAUCCACAAUAAUAAAUCACCUCCAAUCGUGAUUAAUUAACUUAUAUAAUAGCCAGUUGGAAGAAACUCUGUCAAUAGUCUCACUGAAAUCAAUGUAGGCCACAUUUAUAAGUAGAUUUUGGUCUUUAAUAGCUCACAAACCCUAACGGGAUACUAACUAGUUAGUGAGACUUCAGUGACCUUUUCCAAAGUCAUACUGCUUCUCAGAACGAAUCCAGCUUUCGUAGAGAUAUUUAAACAACUUCCUGCGAAUAAUAUUUUUCCAAUUUUUUCGAGCAAGCUCUUUAGGAUCACGGUUCAAUAAUUCCCAUACUUGAGUACCGUAACUGUUUCGAAGACAGGAC